AUGGUCGUAACGGAUGAGGGAUCGAUAGGAAGCCACGUUCAUAUUUGGAACUAUGACACCUUACAUUUGCUAAAUUCCUUGGGGGAGUUCACGGAUAAUGCGGCAUGCAUCACCUUAUCCAAAGUGACAGAGAAAGGAUUGACGAUCCUUGCCGUGGUCAAGAAUGGAAACAAGUCCAAAUUAUCCCUUUGGACCAUUAAUGGCACCGGGGAUGAGCCUGUAUCUAAGAUAGUGUUGGUGGUGGCUGGAGCAGACCAUGUUCAUUCUCUGGAGUUCCACCCCAUGGAUCACAACACCAUGAUUUUAACCGGAAAAGGUUUCGUGACUUUGUGGACCCUCAAAGAUGGACCCGAUGGUGCAACUAUGGAUCGAAGUCAAGGCCUCUUUACGAGAAAGAUUCCUCGUCCCAAAUCCGUGCUGUGUUCCAAAGUGGACAAAAAUGGAGAUCUAUUGACGGGAGACUUGGACGGUAAUGUCAUGAUUUGGAAAGACGCCAAAGUUAUCCGUGUUUUAAAAGGAGCUCACCAGGGUUCAGUUGGGGAUAUUUGCGUCAUGGAUGAUGACAUCAUAUCAGGUGGUCUGUCUGAUGGAGCAUUUGUCGUUUUCGAUAACAGGUAUCAGCUGAUUGGGGCGGGGGCAACCCUCCCUGACGUGUUUGGUUGCGUUCGAAGGAUCUUGCAGAAGACCUAUGACAUCAAUGAAGAUGAGGUUCUAUAUUGCCGCUUAGUGGUGGGCACCUCUCGAAAUUGCAUUCUGGACGUCAGUUUCAACGUGAGUCCGGGCGAAACGGAGAUUUCAAAUUUCGAGAUCAAGCCCAUCGUGCAAGUACAUGCCAAAGAGAUUUUUCACAUAGCCAACAUACCCGGCCAAGACCAAUUCUUGAGCUGCGGUGAAGACCGUUCUGUGAUCUGUUGGGAUGGAGUUGCUCACAAGGCGGAUUGGAAAAUGUCGGAUAUAAACACUCCAUCACCGGAAAGCCCACAGGCAAAAAUUGCCCGAUUGGAGGAGACCUUAGCUCGGGAGAGAACGGCCCGGGAAGAUGAGAGAACGGCCUGGGAACGGGAAAUCAAAAUCCUUCGGUCACAAUUGGAGGUCGAGAGACUUCAAGCAAAGUUGAAGGAGGCGCUCGAAUUGGAUGAAGAUCCUGAGACGUUGACGCUGAUCUGUUGGGAUGGAGUUGCUCACAAGGCGGAUUGGGUACUGGAAGUAUCAGAAACGUCCUUGACAUCCUUGGCUACUGCUUUCGAUGGCCAUUUUGCACUCGCCGGCUCGGAUGAUGGGAAAAUCUUCUACAUACCCCUCAAUUCAGACAACAUUCCCGAAAAAGAGGAGCUCAUGGAUUUCAAGGAGGGUAUUUCCUGUAUUUCUUUGUCCCCUACCGAGUAUCUGGCUAUUAUUGGCACGGAUGAUGGAGAGUUGCAUUGUGUCGAGAUUAUGUUGGAUUCUGACGACAAGGCCAACCAUCUCUCUGACUUGAAUGGCCACUCUAGCAAAGUCAAGCAUAUUGAUUGGUCAGACGAUGGCAACUAUUUACGAACCAAUUCAGCAGACCACGAGCUUCUCUAUUGGGUAGUGAAUCAAAUGACACAAGUCACGGAUUCGGAAGAUCUAGAUGUCAUCACAGAGUGGGCCAGUCACACGUGUCCGCUUGAUUUCAAUUCCCUGGCAAUUUGGACACGGAUCGACGACGGUACAGAUAUCAACUCAUGUGAUGCGAGUCAAGACAUGUUGGUCAUUGGAGAUGAUCGCGGAUUCGUCUUGAUUUAUCCCUAUCCAGCCACCCAACACUCCAGUCAUGUCUCGGUAGUGAGGUUCCUGGGCGAUGGGACAAGAUUGGUUUCAGGGGGUGGGAAAGAUUCGAGCAUCAUUUAAUGGUCGACGGGAGCUCAAAAUUCGGGAAGCCGUGGUGAAUAG